AUGGAACCCGCCGAUAUCACCCAAGCGCAUCCUCGCUACCCGUGGCAAGAAUUCCCCCUCCCUUCAUCCCUCUGGCUCCAGGACGAAGCGAGCGGCGACGACUUUGCCCUGCGCGUUUUGCAGCAUACACUAUCAGGACUGGUCACCAACGUAGUUUCCACCGGGAAAGCCAGCAGAGACAUCCCCUCGCUCUGGAUCCAGACGACCCAACCCGAUCAACUCUGGCGCUCGCGCUUCACGCAGCGCACGGGCGUCCCUUCGCGGGCGGUAUCGGCAGACGUAGCAGCGCUGGUGUCGACGUAUGCGGAUCUGGGCGUCGUCAAAGGCUUCGUGGCAUACACAGUCGACCAAGUCGGGGCCCAGAGUGACGUCUCGGUCAAUAUUGCGACUUCUCUCUGCGCAACGCUUCAGGCGGUUGCCGCGGCAGGUCCACUGAUCGAAAUUCUCGAAGCGAUGGGACUGAGGAAGCUGGCCAAUGCCUCAGAAGUCACGUACCAGGACCUCCUGGCUGGAUCUUAUAGAUUCAAUCGGGACCUGCUAACAAUACUCAGGACCGAGCAGCCGCACGCUCGAGAUCUCGCCGUUGCUUCUGGCACCCUCGUAACCCUUGAAGCCCCCGAUGGUGGCUACGACGAUGCGCUAGUUACGCUGAAUCCCGGCGCAGCCAUCUUUGGUUACGGAGCAGACGAGUUCAAGUUCACCUAUGGCGCCUCAACUGUUGGUGCUGGCAUUGUCGGCUGCGACUGGUCGUCGAAUUUGGCCACUCUUUCCAGCGGCGACCCUGUAACCAUCAAGCCUCUGCCCAAGAGAGAGCGUGUGGUGGACGAUGGCGUCUCGUUCUACGUUGCCUUUGCCAUUACCGACGGCGACAACAUGCAGUGGCUGAUCAAUGACUUUACCACGGGUCCUUAUUGGUACGCUUCGCCGCAUAGGGGCGAGAUGCCUUUCACCUGGGGGCUGCACACAUCAUCACUAUCACAGGUUGCUCCCGAUGCGCUUUCAUGGCUCCUCGAGAACGCGACCGGCAACGACGACUUCCUCCCCUACGCCGACUCGUACGCCUACCUCGACGUGAUGCACAAAAGCAAUCAGUCGCGGCUCUCAACCUUUGUAUCUCAGCGACAGCCCAUCUCCCACGCCGCAGGUCUAGACUCUGCCGUUGUCUUUAUGGAGGACUGGACGUUGACGGACGCGUACGAGACCUUUGCAGCCGCCGACCCGGUCAUCAAGGCGCUCUUCAGCUGCCAAUACAGCGCGUACGCGGCGGGCCAAGGCAGGAUCCUGCGGACAUCGAAGGGUGUUCCCGUCGUGAGCCCCAAGAUCUCGAUGUGGCACCUCGACAGGAACGACUCGGAAUUUGGUGAACCCGCGCACGUUGCCAACGUCAUCAACGGUUGGGCCGGUGAGGCGUCGGGCGGUGGCGACAAGAAGCGCCCGGUUGAAGAGCGCGUUGCUUGGGUACCGGUGCAUGCUUGGUCGACGUUUGCCGCACCUCUGGAUGCACAAGACCUCGCUCACGAAGGGCUGCUGGGAGGUUACUCGGCGGCCUUGUAUGCCAGACGGCGCCUGAGUAAGCGGGUCAAGGUGGUGACGCUGGGCGAUAUUGCAGACAUGCUACAGGUUAAAUAA